AUGUCACCUCACACUGUCUACGUCGUCAUCUCCCCUCCCACCGUCAACUUGGACUCCUACGAACCCUUUGACGAGGAAUACAUUCGCACCGUGGACGAGAUCCUCUCGGACGAGCCUAGCUUCGACGCCUCAUUCGACACAUAUAAUGGUGGCACCUCCAUGGACGGGGCGAAUGACUCCCCACAGCGAGAGCGUGGGACUGGCCGAGCCUCCGUCGGCAAGAGAACUGGACGUACACACAAAGAGUCGCCUUACUUCUCGAAGGGCCAGACGUCUGAACGGCGCGUCGGAUCGAAGAGGAGUAUUACUAGAAUUGAUGUCGACGACGAAGAUGAAGACGAUGACGAGGACGAAGGCGAGGAUGAGGAUGAGGACGACGUCACCCCUGUUACGUCGGUCGAAUUCGUGAAAAUUCAGGUGGCCGAUAACAACAUCGAGAACGAGCACCAUAAGAAUAAAACAUAUGCUAAAGCCAAGGGGAACGCUCUCGACGAUGACAUCGCUGAGGAAGAUAUUGUCUUCGCUUCUGUUGAACCGGAAGCGCAGGCUCGCUUGCUAGAUUUCAUUGCAUCGCAUCCAUUUAUGCGUGGUGGUUCAUAUCCUGUGAGGCGGUCCAAAAGGCGGACCUUUGUGUGCGAGCUCUAUGAACAAGCGAAGUCGACUGGCAUGGACGAGCACUCGAUUGACAGAUUGACAGACUAUGUGAGGAAGACCUAUCUCGAUCUGUACGGAAAGGACUACGGCGAUACCCAAGGCUCAGAAUUUGGGGACGAGAUUGAUGACAUGUCGGAGGAGGGAAGGAGGUCCUCGAAGAUCUCCAAGAAGGAUCGGAAAAGGAAGCGGUCGAAUGGCGACACUGCUAAACAGGAACCUAAGAAGAGCAGAUCGCAGUCUUCGCAGUCUUCUGAGGAGAAGCGUACUACCUCAAUGGCUGACUCGCACAACGAUUCCAAGCGUGAGAUAAUCGAUCUUGAGGCCGAGUAUCCUCUUGAGGACUUUUUCGCUAGUGUCACUGAGCCCGAGGGUUUGGAGAGCAUAUCGCCUGCGGAAGAGUUACCGAAGAGGCGCCCAAGCAUCAGCAAGCAGUCCGAUCGUUCGUUGCAAGGCGACAGAUCGAACGGUCUCUCUUUUAUCACGCCAGAGAAACGCAACAACAGAGCAAGCGCCUUUACUUCUUCUGAGCACUCUCUGCCCUCACCUGCGAAUUCCAAAGACGAACCCAUUUAUCUGGAAAGUGACUCCGAUGGACCCAAAAAUGUGACCACAGCUGUCCCAGACGCACAUUCAGCGAAUCCUAUGCCUUCGGGUAAGCCGAAAACGCGCAAGGAGAGCACAGCCAGACCCAAGAAAGAGAAGAAUCACAGAAAGCGCCGGAGCCGCAGGAAGAGAAGAGCCGAGAAAUAUCGGGAGAGCCUGAAGGACUCGGAGGUUCAAGACCUUGCAGCUGAAGAUUGUCACAUUGAAGAGGAUGCUACGACCAAGAAGUUCGGCCGGAAGAACGGUGGUGUGACCGCCAGCGAUGAGGUGAAGUCAAAAUACUUUCUGAGACCCCAGCAAGUGGAUGGUCUGGCGUCGAUCAGCCAGAUACCCGCUACCUAUUCUGCUAAUUAUGUCCUACAUUACAAGCCUAUUCCUGAGGAAACUCAGCACAUGUUGACCGAAUUUGGCCUACCAUUUGACUUUCUGGACUCUGACUCGGACCUGAGUGAUGUGCCGAGUGACGACGGCAUCUUGGAUCAUGAUGCUUUUUUGCGUGACGUGAUGCAACCGCCUGUUCGAGACGAGACCUUUGUUACACCUGCGGAAGGGAUCCCUAGGACUCCACUGAGAAGCGCAUCAUCUGCGGACCCUGACGUCCCGUUCGUUAUGACACUUCGUCCUAGGCCUCCUAAAGUGUCUCCUUACUUCCCGAAGCCGCUCAUCGAUCCCGACUCCUGUCUGCCUUUCCCUUCGAUUGACGCCCCCACAUUCGGUUUGGUGCAAGAGCAGCUCGCACAUGAUCCAUUUCGUCUGCUUAUCGCUACGAUCUUUCUAAAUCGGACUCGCGGAGGCGUUGCUUUGCCUGUUCUCUUCCGAGUUUUUGACCAUUUCCCGACAGUCCACGAUAUGAGCAAGGCCGAUUUCUCGCAGUUGGUCUCCAUGAUCCAUUCCUUAGGAUUUCAGAACGAGCGAGCCAAAAAAUGCAUCGAUCUUGCUAAGACAUGGCUGGAUCGUCCACCGACGAAGGGCAGACGAUACCGCAGACUGCACUACCCACGCAAGAUGGAUGGAAAAGACGUCGGCCGCGAAGAAUGCAUCGGCGACGACGAGGACGACACGCGUGUAGCAUGGGAGAUCGCACAUCUGCCUGGUGUGGGCCCGUACUCGCUGGAUAGCUGGCGCAUCUUCUGCCGAGAUGAGCUGCGGGGACUAGCGAAGGACUGGAAAGGCAAUGGCACGGCAUCAGCAGAUUUUGAACCAGAAUGGAAAUCAGUCUUACCACAGGACAAGGAGCUACGGGCGUAUUUGACGUGGAUGUGGCUCAAGGAAGGCUGGGUUUGGGAUCGGCACACGGGCGAGCGCAACCGAGCCAGCGAGAAGAUGAUGCGUGCUGCACGACGAGGAGGUGUGGCUCAGGAACAGGAUGGCAAUUUUGUGUUGGAGAUGUCGCCAGUGAAGAAGGUCGCGAAUGGUCUAACAGCAUGGAGUUGA